UGGUAAUACAGUAUGCGUGGGAAUAAUGUAUACUGUCUUGUGUCUGAAAGAGCGGAAUCGAAUGAAUCUGUUGAGCCUGUGUGAGGAAGCGGAAAGUGGUAUGGUGUGGGCAAAGAUAGUGGAUAAAUUAAGAUAGUUCAUUCAGGCCUUUUACCAUUUAAAAAGGAGAGAGUGUAUCUCCAUCCACGUGGGUCAGGCGGGAGUUCAGACUGGCAAUGCAUGCUGGGAACUCUUCUGCUUGGAACACGGUGUGGGGCCUGACGGGGUGUUCAAUGAAGAGGACCAGGGGCCUAAUUCACGGACUGACCCCUUCAACACCUUUUUCAACACAGGAAGUUCUGGCCGCCAUGUUCCCAGGGCCAUAUUUGUGGACCUGGAGCCAACGGUGGUCGGCAGGAGUGCUAAUUGGGAAUGCAUGCGGGAACCUGUGCUGGAUGGAGCAUGGUAUCCAAGAGACAAGACCAUUGUUGGUGGCGGUGAUGACCCCUUUUACACUUUCUUCAAUGAGCGUGGCUCGGGAAAGCUUGUACAAAGGGCUGUAUUUGUGGACCUAGUCAGCUGUAAUUGAUGAGGUCAGGACGGGAAUGUACAGGCAGCUCUACCAUCCUGAGCAGCUCAUCUCUGGAAAGGAGGAUGCAGCCAAUAACUACGCCCGUGGACACUACACCGUGGGGAAGGAGAUCAUUGACGGGGUUCUGGAGCGUGUCCGUAAAAUGACUGACCAGUGCACAGGGCUACAAGGAUUCCUCAUCUUCCACAGCUUCGGAGGAGGCACUGGCUCUGGUUUCACCUCUCUGCUGAUGGAGCGCCUGUCUGUUGACUACGGUAAGAAGUCCAAGCUGGAGUUUGCCAUCUACCCAGCUCCCCAAGUGUCCACAGCUGUGGUAGAGCCAUAUAAUUCCAUUCUGACCACCCACACCACCCUGGAUCACUCUGACUGUGCCUUCAUGGUGGACAAUGAGGCCAUCUACGACAUCUGUCGCCGCAACCUUGAUGUUGAGCGUCCAUCCUACACCAACCUCAACAGAUUGAUCGGUCAGAUCGUUUCCUCCAUCACUGCCUCCCUACGCUUUGAUGGUGCCUUGAAUGUAGACCUCACAGAGUUCCAGACCAAUUUAGUCCCAUUCCCCCGCAUUCAUUUCCCCCUGGUCACCUACGCGCCCAUUAUCUCCGCUGAGAAGGCCUACCAUGAGCAGCUGACCGUCUCUGAGAUCACCACUGCCUGCUUCGAGCCAGCCAAUCAGAUGGUCAAGUGUGACCCUCGCCAUGGCAUGUACAUAGCCUGCUGUAUGCUGUACCGUGGAGAUGUGGUGCCCAAAGAUGUGAAUGCUGCCAUUCAAAAUAUCAAGACCAAACGUUCCAUCCAGUUUGUGGAUUGGUGCCCCACCGGUUUCAAGGUUGGGAUCAACUAUCAGCCCCCGACUGCCGUACCUGGAGGUGAUCUAGCUAAAGUCCAGAGGGCUGUGUGCAUGCUGAGCAACACCACUGCCAUUGCUGAAGCCUGGGCCCGUUUGGACCACAAGUUUGACCUCAUGUAUGCCAAACGUGCCUUUGUGCACUGGUAUGUAGGUGAGGGCAUGGAGGAGGGAGAGUUCUCUGAGGCCAGAGAAGACCUGGCUUGUCUGGAGAAGGAUUAUGAAGAGCUGGGCAGAACAAGCACAGACUCUGAUGAUGAUGAAGCGGGUGAGGAAUAUUAAGAACCAAAUAACCAUGAUGUCCAAUCUGUCUAUUAAAAAUGUCAUAUUCUGUCUUUGUAUUCUUUCUUCUUGUAACAAUAUAUUGUAUCUUCCUACCCUGAACGAAAACACCUGAAGUUGUAUAAACCGUAUGUACAGCCAGAUGCACUUUUUGUGGUUUAUUAACGCCUUGUUAAAUCGGUAAGUUCCAAAGUGCCAUGUUUUGCAAUUGCAAUAGUUUUCAGCUUCUGAAUAAAAUCGGUCUUGAGUACAACAUUGCACAAGAUAUUUUUUUCUCUGCAUAUUUCUUUGAAAUUCAUGAUGAUUAGCAUGUUACAGCUAGGGCCAAACUCAACCAGGA